AUGUCCGACCGAAUUGACCAGGGAUCAGAUGUCGAGAAACAUCAAGAUAUCACUUGGGAACAAGUGCGAGAAGAAGCCAAUCGAGAUGAAAGCUGGCAGCACAGUCUGACUCUCUGGCAGAGUUUAAGGAUAUACAAGACUGCUGUUUUUUGGUCGGUUAUAGCUUCGUGCUGCAUCAUCAUGGAGGCAUACGAUACUCUCUUAUUAGGGUCGCUGUUCGGUUUACCCGCAUUCAAACAACAUUUCGGCGUGAACGCGGGCGGUAAAGUUGGAUAUCAAAUUACUGCUGCAUGGCAAGCUGGUCUAGGGCAAGGAGCGAAUAUCGGUAGCUUAAUGGGAGUCUUCCUCGGUGCAUUUUUGGUGGACAAGUUCGGUUACAAAUAUUCCAUCAUUGGCAAUCUCAUCUUCAUCGCGCCCAUCAUUGCACUCGUCACUUUUGCUCCCAAUCUUGGUGCUCUUCUGGCUGGUGAAAUCCUGUGUGGUAUCCCAUGGGGUGUAUUCAGCACAUUGGCUGAAGCGUACGCAUCUGAAAUAUGUCCUCAAACCUUAAGAGGUUAUCUCACGAUAUUCGUCAAUCUCUGCUGGGUGAUGGGUCACUUUAUCGGCGCAGGUAUCCUUCGUGCGGCCAACGACAUCACCGGGCAAUGGUCUUACCGAAUGCCGUUCGCCGUUCAAUGGGUGUGGAUCCCUCUUUUGGUCCCCGUACUCAUAUUCGCUCCAGAGGCACCAUAUUGGUUAGUCCGAAAAGGCAAGAUUGACGAGGCAGAAAAGACUGUACGACGCAUCGCGCCAGCCGCAGAUCAGGGUCGAGUAAGGGAGAUUGUCAGUUCAAUGGUCAGGACAAAUCAAGUCGAGAAAGAUGUCAUGGCAGGAACCACUUUUGCCGAUUGUUUCAAAGGUCCUAAUAGACGACGAACUGAGAUCAGUUGUAUCGUAUGGUCAACUCAAAUAUUAUGUGGAUUACAAUUUGCCAAUUAUUCAACGUAUUUCUUUGAACAAGCCGGUCUUGAGACGACCUACGCAUUUGAUAUGACUAUAGGGCUGUAUGCUGCUGCAUUCAUCGGUACUUGUCUCUCUUGGACUCUAUUGACAUACUUUGGUCGUCGUCAAAUCUGGCUCACAGGAUUAUCUUGUUUGGUUGUGGGCCAAAUCCUCAUUGGUGUUCUAUCUAUUGUUGCGGAUAAAGGUCAUACCGGCGCUCGUUGGGCUCAAGCUGGUUUGAUGAUAGGUUGGCUCUUCACCUACGAUAUGACUGUGGGACCUUUGGCUUAUGCUAUUGUUGGAGAGACGUCCUCUACUCGACUCCGAAAUAAAACCGUCGGUCUUGCUCGAGCUUCUUACAAUUUGUUCAGUAUAUGCUUUGGUGUACUCAUGCCAUAUAUGCUGAACCCAACCAAGUGGAACUGGGCAGGUAAAACAGGUUUCUUCUGGGCCGGCAUCGGCUUUAUUUGUUUAGUUUGGGCUUACUUCCGUCUUCCAGAACUUAGAAAUCGAAGUUUCUUAGAAGCUGACAUCAUGUUCGCGAGAAAUGUACCCGCACGCAAGUUCAGAACGUAUGUUAUCGAAGAGAACGCAGAUGAAAAUGUACGAUUAGCAACCUCGGGAGACAGUGCUUUAUGA